AUGUCUGGCACUACGGUACGAUUACCAUGGGGUGCCGAAAAAGAGCAUGGCACAAUAUUAAAUCCUAAUGAUUUUGGUCAACAUAGUUAUAAUAAUAAUUCAACAUUUGAUCAUAUUCGAAUUGAUCAAACAAUGAAACCUGGCGAAUAUACGUUACACAUUCUCCUUACACAGUUUUUUGUUGCUGCUGAAUCCAAAAUUGUUGAUGUUUGUUCUGAUAGUAAACAAACGCUACCAUUGAAUCAAUGCUUAAAACGUGGUGAUGAUUUACAAUUUGAUCAAUUAUUGGAUGUACUUCGUGCUAUUUCUGAACAUUCACUGCCAUCGAUUGUACGCAUUCUAUUCGAAUGGUUUCGAUUACAUUUGAAUGAUGAACAGAUCAAAAUCAAAACAGCAAAAGCAUUAACGAGAGAGAAUGAUUGGUUAGACGAACGUCGACAGCUCACUGUUCAUUUUAUAUUUUGUUUAGUAUUAAUCGAUGUUUUAAAACAGUUACCAUUUCAUCCUGGAUUUGAUGUAACAAAUGUGGAAGAUCAAGCUUUUAGAUGGUUUAAAAUGACUGAUAAAUUUAAUGAUAUGACAUCGAAUCAACCGAAUCAUGUAAAUUAUCAAAUUAUUUGUGAUUUAUAUGCGGAAGUUGUUGGUGUACUUGCACAUAGUCGAUUUUUGACAACGAAACGUCGUUUUAUGCUCGAAUUAAAUUCAUUGCGUAAAGAAACAGCCAGUCCUAUUAUAAAUACAAAUAUCAUCAGUUUAUUGAUGGGCAUGCGUUUUUUUCGUGUUAAAAUGACGCCAGUUGAAGAUUUUGAAGCAUCCUUUCAAUUUCUACAAGAUUUGGCAAAUUAUUUUUUAGAAAUACGUGAACGUGAUAUCAAAAAUGCCUUAGCCAGUUUAUUUGUUGAAAUACUACUUCCUGUAGCGGCUGUUGUCAAAUUAGAAGUAAACAUUCCAAUUGUUAGAAAUUUUGUUGAAUUAUUACAUUCUCCUGUGUUUGAUUUAUGCUCAAAAACAAAACAUCGACUGGCUAUGUUUCCAUUGAUGACAUGUCUUUUAUGUGUUAGCCAAAGACAAACAUUUUUAACGAAUUGGAAUAAAUUUAUGAUGUUAUGUUUGGGAAAUUUACGCGGAGAUACUAAACUUGCUCGUGUUGCGCUUGAAUCAUUGUACAGAUUAAUAUGGGUUUAUAUGGUUCGAAUUAAAGGUGAAAAUGUCAAAACAACGAAUCAACAUUUAAAUCUUAUUGUUAAUAGUCUUUUCCCAAAAAGUUCAAAAGCACUGACGCCAAAAGAUGGACCAUUGCAUAUUUUUGUAAAAAUCAUUCAUUUUAUAUCAAAAGAGAAACUUGACUUUGCAAUGAAAGAUAUUAUCUUCGAUUUAUUAAGUGUUGGACGAUGUCGCAAUCUGUUACCAGAGAGAAUGAAUGUUGGCCUUCGUGCAUUUCUUGUUAUCGCCGAUAGUCUAGCACAAAACGAUGAUGCACCACCAAUGCCACUUCCAUCCAUGACUUUUCCAUCCGGUCAUACGAUUCGUUCACGUCGUCCUCAGACAAAAAUGAUAAGUGAAUCAAUUGUAAAAGAAAUUGGCUUGUCAACGUACUAUGUAUCAAUUCGAAAAACAUUUGAUACUAUUUUGAAAAUGUUAGAUACUCAGGUUGGAAGAUGUUUGUUAUUAACCCGACCAGAUAAUGCGAAUAAAGAUACAGAAGACUUACUAAGCGGUGAUCGAAAACCAAAACUCGAACUUCUUCGUACAUGUAUAGCCGCUAUACCUCGUCUAUUACCACUUGGAACGUCUCAAGAAGAAUUAAUUGAAAUGCUUGCACGUCUUACUAUUCACAUGGAUUCAGAAUUGGCAAUACAAGCAUUUCAGUCGUUGCAAUAUUUCGUUAUGGAAUUACCAGAUUGGAGAAAAAGUGUUUUUCGAGGUUUUACCAAUUUUAUUAUACGAGAAGUAACAGAUACGCUGAUGUUUUUGUCUGAUGCAUGUAAAACAACAUUGGAAAAUUCAAUGAAAUUUCUUUUACAACUUGUUCAGCAAUGGAAAUAUGCUGUUUUGAAUCUCGCAAAUAAAAAUGGUGCCAAUAUACGUACAGAUUCUCUGUCAGCAGAUGUUGAAACAUUAGCCAUGGUCGAAGGUUUUGGAAUUAUCUGUUUAUCUCAAACACAACACAUACGUCGAAAAUAUGGUGUUUUAUUAUUGCGUGAAAUUAAAAAUAUAGCUGUGGCUACAAAAUGUUUGCAGGCCAAUUUAUUCUGUGGUUCGACCGUUGAUUUAGCCUGGCUUGUCGAUCGUUCAUUGAUGUGGGAUGCUGUAGAAGAUAAUAAGACAACAUGUGAUAAUAAUAAUGUAAAUCAAAAUAGUACAUUACAAUCAACACCUUCACUUUCUACAAUCAGUUCUGGACCAACUUUAAUAAAUUCAUUAUCAAUUCCUGUUCCAUCGUUAGCUACAACUCAACAACAGCAACAAACAUCUGGUUUGUCAUCUUCGAUGCCAUCAUCUUUAUUGCAAUCAUCGUUGAAUGCAUUAGCGUCAACAAACACUCCAACAUUAACUACAGUCACAAGUACAUCGAAUACGUCGACGGUUGCGGGUGGUUCAUCAACAACAAACCAAAAUUUAUCAAAUAGUAUGAAUUCAAAUGAUGUAACAAGAUUUGAUCUUUGGGCUGAAUGUUUAGCCGAAUUAUUUUCAUAUAAAAAUAUUUUGCAAUUUCCUUAUGCGAGAGCUGAAGCAUGGCACAUGGCAAGCUAUCGACUAAAUUAUUUAUUUUCAUACGUUGAUCCAAAUAAUCAAACAACGGAUGUACGUUCCUCAUUUGUCUUUCGUACCACCGAUUUAUUAAAAAAAGCAAAUGAACGUGAAUACAAUUUAAAUUUAUGGAAAAACUACUUGAUUGUUGCAUGUUGUUUAACAAUAUCAGGCACAGAACGAUUACAGGGUUAUAAUGCGGAUGCUAGUGUUUAUCAAGAAACACAUCAGGAUUCAUCUAAAUUUUAUACGGCAUCUUCAGUGACAGCUGUUGCAUUGUUUCGUGUUGUCGUGCCGUUAGUUCGAAACGAACUAAGUGAUAUGAGAGAAAUAAUUAUUAGAGGUCUCGGUCGAACAAAUCCAGAAGCUUUCAAAGAUCUAUUUGAAGAUUUAACUGUUUAUAUUAAAGAUGCUAUGGAGAUAAAACAAGAGAAAGUGAGACGAAUGAAAAAACGUGAUUAUACAAGACUACGCUUGAUACGAAUAUUUGAAUUACUUGCUGAUCGUGAUGUAUUUCGUUAUUGUUAUCUAGACGAAACUGUUUUUAAACGUUCAUCUUACCAGACAUACAAUGAAUAUUUACAAGGUGCACUGAUAUAUCUUGAUCUUGAAAAUGAAAAAGAUUCUGAAUUAAUACAACAAAUUCGACAAUAUUUUGCUCGUUUUACUUAUAAAUUUAUUAAUCAAAUACCUCGUACGGCUCGUGAAACACUUAUUCCACCUCACAUAAGAUACAGCUUAUUUGAAUUAUUUCGAAAAUGGAGUGGUAAUUUCAAUAUUAUGACAGUAUUCGGUGCAACAAGAGAACAAAAGACUGAACCAUGUUCUGAACUGGAAUUAGUUUCCAUUCAAGCUUGUGCAGCAACGCUUUGUUGUGGAACAAUAGCCUUUGAAUGGUUUCAGAAAACAGUGGUACCAUGGUUAGAUCAAUUUAUUGCUGCACACGAGACAAAUCAAUUGGCAAUAAACACCGUCUUUCAAUUACUUGAAUUACAUGGUGAAAAUACUAAUACAAUGGUUAUUGAUUAUGUGACAGAUCGAUGUUACACAAAAUCUGUACGCUUUAGUGAUCGAUGUUUUACAGCAUUAGCAAAAAUAUUUAUUGAAGUUGCCAAUGAUUAUCCUUGUGAUAUAACUGCUGUUUUGACAUUAACAAUGUUGAAUGUUGGCUCACCACGUAUGCAUAUUCAUGAAUUAGCAUUAAGAUUAAUGGUUGUAUUAUGCAAAGGUCAUCUGAUUGACACUCAGCCAACAACUGCAACAACAGGUUCAACCGAACAGUUGGCACAACCAGUUACAGAUGACGUUGCAUAUAUAUUAUCACUGGCAUCAUCUUAUUCAAAAAGUCAAAUGUUAUUAAGUGAAUAUAUGGCAAGGAGACGACCAGACUUAACUAUAGCAAUGUUUUCAGAGGUGACAACACGCGUAUUAACUGCAACAUCGAGCUGUCGAAGCUCACUGUUAAUGAUUUUAUUACCAUGGGUAUAUAAUAUUGAAUUGAUUGAUUCAUCAUUACCAAAGUCAAAUGGAAAUGAUAAUAAUUAUUAUGACAAUGGUCAUGCUUUUCUUAAAGGUUCUGGAUGGGGUAGUGUACAAGCAACUGAACUAAUUUUGAAUAAUCUAUUUUAUUUAACUGUUACAUACAGUUCGGAGCAUGCCACCGAGUUAGAACUCUUAUGGAAUGCCUUAACAUCAACGUGGGCACAUAAUUUAAAAGUAAUAUUACGUUAUACAUUAAUUAUGGUCACAUUAUCCCCCUGUGAAUUAUUACCACACGCUAAAAAGGUAACAUUGUACAUAUGUAAAAAUAAUGAAGAACGUUUAUUAAACGAAUUGAUGAAUGAAUUACAACAAAUGGAAUCAUUUAAUGGUUUACUUGAACGAACAGAUACAUUACCAUUUUAUCGUUUUACAAAUUCAAAUAAUACAACAACAAACAAUACUACGACAAAUCCAAUGAAUCCAAUGUUAUUAAUUAAAAAAUCGUCCUCGACAUUUAACGCACACGAUGCGUCACAGCAACAAACUCGUGGAGUUUUUCAUAAUAAACGACAUCAUAGUGGUGAAGAUACGUUGGACACAUUCCCAGGUCUAGCAUUAAAAAGUAGAACAUCAUCACAAACAAGUUUAACCAGUUUUCAUGAUAAAAUAACAGUACGAGACUCGUUCGAUGGAGAAAAGGAAUUUUCGAUGAUGCGUGUCGAUGAAGUGCAUCAACCAGCUCCACUACCAUUGGCUCCUUAUGGGGGUACUGCUGCACCAUUUAAAACAUUGCUACCAGAAUUGUCAAGUCCAAUUCCAUGUUUAUUUCGAUGUAGUAUUGGCAUUAUGCUCAUUAAUGAACUAAUUGUUAGUGGAUUACAAAUCGAUUGGUCAGCUCAUUUACCAGAAUUGUUACACAUAGCUAUGUUAGGUUGGUCUUGUUUUUUUUUUCCUUCUAAUAUUUAUUGUGGCUAUUCACUCAUACCUUUUUAUCUUAAAGGAAUGGAUCAUAAUCGUGCUAUUGUUUAUGAACAUUGCAAAAGUCUUGUAUUGAAUUUAUUAUUGGCAUUAAGUGUACAAUCCGAACAAAUAUGGUUAAGUGAAAUGCUGUUAUCAUACGUCGAUUGGGAUAAUAGCAAAUUAUCAACAAAAAUUCGUCAAGAACGAGAGAGUGCAGGACAAAAUUGGACAUUAUUAAGUGAAACAUUAAACGAUAAUUCAAUUGGAAAUAGUGUGGGAAGUAAUAGUUCAUCGUCAAGUAUGAUCGAUACAAUGAAUGUUUCAACAACGGGAGAUACACUAACAGCGUUGACACGUGAAGAAAUAUUACAAAAAUUUAUCCAAUACUUAAAUAAGAAAAAAGGAAGUCCAUUGUGGGCUUAUGAAGAUAUCACAGCAAAAGUACAUACGCUACGAAGUGUCAAACAGUUACGACAAUUUGUACAAUGGAUUGUUUAUCUGUUUCGUUCAUGUGUACCACAAGCAAUGGUAGAAGAAAGAUGGAUGCAGUUAGCAUUAAGAAUUACAUUAAGUUGUUCGAGUAGACAUUAUGCUGGACGUUCGUUACAAAUCAUACGUGCAUUAGGUUUACCAUUGAGCUUUCGUUGGGUAAUUGAUAUAUUAUCACGUUUAGUGGAAACAGUUGCUGAACCAGGUGAUGAUAUGCAGGGUUAUGUAACAGAAAUAUUACUGGCAUUAAUGCAAAACAUUGAUUCAUUAAUAAUGCAAAUACGCGGCUUGGCAACAUCCACAUUUGCACAACAACGUUUAUUACCACCAAUGACUACCCAACAAUCUCAUACUUCAACAUUUCAUGAUUCCGGUGUGCCAUCAUCAACAACAUCAUCGUUAUUAACAAGUAAAAUUGAAGCAUUACAGAAUAAACUUUUGUGUACAGGAAUACACAAUCGUUUUCAACCACAACGUCAUUCUCGUCAUCAUCAUUCGUUAGCUGAACGUGAUACUCUAUCAGUUGUUAUUACAGGUGCAAGUUCGACUGGAGGUUCUUCUCUGUCACCUUAUUU